AUGCUUCACAACGCACGCCCGGAUGGCACAUGGUACUUCUCAGGCCCUGAGGGCCAAGGCAACAGUGCACGUGGUUUUCCCAUUACCCACGCUUCCUACCCGCCCUAUGUGCGCACGCAGCUCGACGAGCAGAUAGACGAUGUUUUCCUUUCGCAACAUUACAACAGUUCAAGCACUGCAUAUCAAACAGGCAGCUCCCAAUUCCGUGUCACUCCCCAUACCAAUCUCACUCGCUUACUCGAACGCUUUGCCAGAGCAGCAAUACACAUGCUGGCACUCAAGGAAGCUGUCAUAUGGUCUCCCUUGAACUGGCGGAUUACAGACGAUAGAGAUGCAGGCAUUGACUACUGGACCAAGAACGGCGAAGAAGACGACUACAUCGAUGAGAGGGCCGCGCGAUCCGGGAAUCUAGCAUGGGGUAUUGCAUACGCAGGACCAGGACGACGUGCAAAUACCUCUUUAUGUCGUCGACUGGAAUGGUUAGUUGGGCCGUGGCGCCCUGAUGGGGAACUGCAUGGUCUCUUCCAGGAAAUCGGGCGCAUGAAACACGGUGAAGAACUUGAGAAGUUCUGGACCACAGAUGUGACCGAUGAUGAUGGGAUUGGCUAUCGAGAUUGGCUCGAAGACAGCAUGAUGUUUGGUGUGGAUAUGGGGUGUGUUCCAGUGACACACUAG